AAAGUCGCCUAAUGACAGAACACCUUGCACACUUGGGAAUCUGCAGGUGAAGAACACAAUUUCAUUGAAGUCUCAUAUUUCAUCUUAAGCAUGCAUGUACAUUUUUAUUGUACUAUAAAUUAGUUUAUCUUAGUAGAAGGGUCUUAAAGUAAUGAGUUAAAUCACAGGCAGACCUCACUUUACACAUUUCCUAUAUGCAUUACUUGAAGUUACUUGAAGUUUAAAUUACCUCAGUCUCCCUAACAAUAUGGUUUAAAUUCUAGUUUCCACAGAAUUUGAACUUUGAGUACUUACAUAAAAUAAUAGUUACCUGCCCUUCGACUCACAAGUCACCACAUAGAUAACAGACCUAUAUCAUGAUCUGUUACCAAUCACAUCACUUCUUUGAAAGUGUCAGUGAUUGGUCAUUAGACAACUGUUAUUCACUUUAUACACGUACAGCCAAGUGAAUAGUUGAGUUGCUUCAUUCUUACCUGGUGGUAAAUCCACAUGAUAUUUUACAAAAAUGGAAAAUCAAGAGAGAGAAUUGGCAAAUAAAGGUGAAAGUGCAUUAAUGAAACAAAAAGUGAUAUUGCUGGAAAUGAAAUUUGAAUGAAACUUAAAUGGGUCAUAAAAGAGACAUCUGCUUCUGGAAAGGCAGAUAUUCAAGACAUCUGUGCAGCCAGAGGAACCUGGGGAAGAUGAGUUUAUCAACAUGAAUGAAGAAAGUGGUUGCGAUGAGAAUGAAAUUGUCCCUGAGGAAGUGGCAAUGUCAGAAGACUUCACAUUGAAAGAAUUCUGAGAAAUACUUCACAACUUAGAAGGCACAAUGGAUGAAGUAGUGGAAGCUGGUGCAAACUUAGAAGAAAAGAAUAUGACAGUUCAUUAUGACAUGGAAAAGAUGCUUGCUCUGUAUUGUAAUUAUACCAUGAGAAGGAGGAAACAAUUUAAAGUGCCUUUGGUGAGGGACUUGUCCAUUGCUUAUAUGCUGGUGACAUUAACUUACCUCUAUAUUGGAGUCCUGGUUUUUGCUUCAUUUCCUUCACCACCAUUAACCAAAGAUUGCAUAGAGCAGAAUUUUUUAGACAACUUCCCCAGCAGUGACAUCCUGUCAUUCAUUGCAAGGAUAUUCCUGCUGUUCCAGAUGAUGACUGUAUACCCACUCCUAGGCUAUUUGGCUCGUGUUCAGCUACUGGGCCAUGUCUUCGGUGACAUUUAUCCUAGCAUUUUCCACGUGCUGAUUCUUAAUCUAAUUAUUGUGGGAGCUGGAGUGAUCAUGGCCUGUUUCUACCCAAACAUCGGAGGAAUCAUAAGGUAUUCGGGAGCAGCGUGCGGCCUGGCCUUUGUAUUCAUAUAUCCAUCUCUCAUCUAUAUAAUAUCCCUCCACCAAGAAGACCGUCUGACAUGGCCAAAAUUAAUCUUUCACAUUUUCAUCAUCAUUUUGGGCCUGGCUAACCUGAUUGUUCAGUUUUUUAUGUGAAAUACUCAAGGUCUUCUCAAGAUCUUUCAUGGCAUUUUGAACUUUGAGAACAGCUCCACAUAAAUUCACUUGUAAAUGCUA